UGACUGACUAUAAUUACCAAAGCAAACAAAGGAGUAUGCUAAAUAGGUGUAAUGUUUUAUAUUAGUUACAAAAUGAUAUAAUCUGUAAAGCUUACUAAAAAAAAAAAAAAAGAAUUGUCACGAAGACUACAGGCCGGAGUUUAAAAGUUUAUACUGGUGCAUUGAUGGUUGAAAAUGUAUGUGUAGUGAAUGGCACAUUAAAUUGAAAAGGCCAAGGACCAAUAAUGAUAAAUGAAGAAAUUAUAAUGUUAGUCAAGUUGUUCAAAUUGUUUGGCGUUGAAGCGCUGAGAAAUGGAUUUCGCUGUAAACAGCAGAGUAAAAGAACUCCAAGCAGCUCUAUUUCCAAUUCAUCCAAUUCCAAACAGUUAUAUCACAAGCCAAUGCCUACAAGGUCGUCUCGGGAUUACGAGAAGAGAUAUAGAAACUGCUUUGAAUUUAUCCGCAAGUGUUGCGAGAUACCGAGACUCCAAAGAAGCCUUUCCAAUUAUACCAGAUACCCAUUCUGGCAUCGAUGGUAUAACACAAGAAGCGAGAUGGCCGACAGAGUGUCAAGUAAUACAGGAGAGGAUACGCCAUAUAGAAUAUUCUCCGGCUACACCAGAACCAUAUUAUGUGCCGAGUGGAAAAGAACCAAAGCCAAAGCCAAUUGGAGAGGAAUCCGGAACAGUUAUUUUUCGAUACUGCCCUAUGAGUGCCACAAAUUAUUUCAGCAGAUCAUGUAUCGGCGGGACCAUUUUUAUACAGGAGCCAAUAAUAAGUACGUCAAACACAAAUUUGAACUGCCUAGAUAACUCCGUAGCAAAUAGUUUUGCUACCUGUAAUUCGGACCUAAAAUUUGAAUCAAGAUUUGAGUCUGGAAACUUGGGCAAGGUCAUUAAAAUAACGGAUACUUACUAUCAACUUCACUUGAGAAAGGAUCUUUAUACUCAAAGACACAUGCAGUGGUAUUAUUUUAGAAUAUCAAACACCAAAAGUAGGACAAUAUACAGGUUGUCAAUUGUAAAUUUUUGUAAAGAAGAUAGUUUAUAUAACGAAGGGCUAAAGCCUCUGCUAUACUCUACAAAAGAUGCAUCGAUGCACGCUGUUGGGUGGAGGAGGUGCGGCGACAACAUCACCUACUACAAAAACGAUUCCUCCGAUGAAGAGAAAGAGAAACAUACAUUAACAUUCAAUGUGUCUUUUCCACACGACCAGGACACAGUGUACUUAGCUCAUUGUUACCCAUAUACAUAUACAGACCUUCAGGAAUAUCUGGGAUCAAUUAUCAACGACCCUGCUAAGACCAAGUACACCAAACUCAGAUUGUUGUGUCGAAGCUUAGCAGGAAACAAUGUCUACUAUCUAACUAUAACUGCGCCCAUGUUCAAUGAUGACGGACGAAAGAAAAAAGGUGUUGUUAUAACUGCGCGUGUACAUCCUGGGGAAACACCAUCGAGUUGGAUGAUGAAAGGAAUUAUUGACUUUCUGACCGGGGAUUCGAAUCAGGCUAAAGAACUGCGGGAACGAUUUAUCUUCAAGUUGGUGCCAAUGCUAAAUCCGGAUGGAGUUAUAGUUGGCAAUAACAGAUGCUCUUUGUCUGGGAAGGACUUGAAUCGACAAUACAGAACCGUAAUGCGAGAGAGUUAUCCUUCGGUAUGGCAUACCAAACUUAUGAUUCGCAGAUUGAUGGAGGAAUGUGGUAUUGCAAUAUACUGCGAUUUACAUGCGCACUCAAGAAGACACAACAUAUUUAUUUACGGUUGUGAAAGUAAAAGGGGUGGAUCUGGUGGAAAACUUUCAGAACAAGUUUUUCCUUUAAUGUUACACAAGAACGCUGCUGAUAAAUUUUCAUUUGAAAAUUGCAAAUUCCAUAUUGAAAAGGGAAAGGAAGGCACAGGGCGAGUAGUUGUCUGGCUAAUGGGUGUUCAAAACAGUUACACCAUGGAGGCUUCCUUGAGUGGUUCUAAAAUUGGCUCCAGAGCUGAUACGCACUUUUCCACGCAAGAUUACGAACAAAUUGGUAAAUCUUUUUGUGAAACUCUACUGGAUUUCUCCGACGAAGAUCCUACGAAGGAACGACUACGAAAUAAAAUUGUUGCAAGACUUAUGAAAGAAGGAUCAAGCGCCGAUGAACCAACAAAUAUUAAUCUAACCGAUUACUCUAGCGAUGAGGGCGAUACAUCCGAUAGUUCCUCGCAAGACGACAGACGAGAAAGAGGUGACAGAGAAUCAAACCGAGAUACAGAUGACAGUUACCCAUACCUUUCCGUCCCACCGCCAUCGCCAAUACUACCAAGGGCGAAAGGCAAUGGAAAAAUAAGAAACACAGCAAGGAAAAAAUUUUUGGAAAAGAAUUCCCAAAUCAAAAAGAAAAUAUUGACUCAAAGAGCUGUCAUGGAUGUGCCGAUUACCGAUCCAGGAAGUGAUUUAUACGAUGUCAGUGAGUCAGGAGAUGAGUAUUAUUUGGAAUCAUCAAUAGCAACCUCCAGGCUUCCGCAAGAGAGUCGCUCGAAUUUAAUGGAAAGGUCCGAUGUAUCAGAAAAAGAUGACGAUUGUCGGAAAGAUUCUCGAAAAGACUAUUUACCAUUACCAUCGAUAAUAAGACCUCACAGUCUAUCUUUAGGAGAAGAAUUACCUCCGGCAAAAGCAACUCAUAAAUCGAGACAGCAGCCACGUUAUCUGCCACAGCCAAAAACAUCAAGACACCUAUCUCCUAUAUUUUCAAAACAUCAGGAUGUUCAUAUAAAAAUGGCCUCUUUGCGUCAGCAACUUUGGACAGGCGUUCCAAUGAGGAGCCAAUACAAAGAAGAUGGAGGAAAUCCGUUCAUUCAAAGUUCUAAUGGCUGGGGAGCAUCCAGCCUGGCCUUGGCUUACCAAACUGAUAGCGAGACUCUGCUCAAGUCUUGCUCAAAAAAAUUAGAGGCAUUAGACUACAGUCAGAAAACGAAUGGAGAGUCAAGAAAAGUGAAGAAAAAAAUGUUGAAAAAGCAGGCAAAGGUAAUCAACAUUCUACCAAUCCAUGUUGAUGAAGAAGAAGUCCCAAAGCCAAUUAAAAAGAAAAGGACACGAUUAAGACGUCAGAAGACUGUAAAUAUGAACACUAUCGUAUCAGAUAGUAACGCAAUAUCGACCAGGGCAGAUAAAAUAGAUUCCCUGAGAUUGUUCGGCAUUGCAAAACUACCGAAACCGGAAGCUAAGCAAAAAUCUGAAUCUAAACGAAAAUUCCGUAAAGGAGGUCUAGUUGUUACCGCCGCUACCAGCAUGCCCAAAACAAAACAAAAGUUAAUGAUUGACCCCACAACCGACAGUUCCAGUUCAGAUGAAGUUCAGCAUAGCGUGCGGCCAAGAACAGCGAAGAAAAAAAAGAAAGCGCUGGUCAAGAAGAAACGAGUACUUAGCGCCAGUGUUAUGCUCGGGGCUAUGGCAGUAAAAUAGUGAAUUGAAAAAUAAGGAACCAUGAAGCUUCCAAAUUUACAAUAAAAGCGAAGCUCAUCAUACGAUCCAGGGAACGUAUCCCCAUUUCACCUGAACUUGAAAAAUCAAUUUAGUGCGAAAGAUAAUUAACCAUGUAUUCUUGUCUAUCCAUUUUGUACCACGGUCCCGAAAAAUGUAGUAUACGAAUAACGAAUUGAAUAAAAAUAUACAUCUCGAUUA